CUACUACCACCACUUACUCUUUACUCAUUCCGUGGCUAUCAACCACCAUCUUUCACAAUGAAGUUCUUCUCCGCCAUUACUCUUGCCUCCUUGGCUUCUUUCUCUUCCGUACUUGCCAUGCCUAGCGCAUCCACCAACGAUGCGUCAUGCGGCAAGUACAUCUAUAACACCUUUACCAACACGAAGAGCACCGACGUGUACCACUGGAGGGAGGUCAUGAACGACACCAAGGACGAUUGCGUGAACAGCAACGAUGCAUGCGGCAAGAUCCUGCAUGACUUGUUUAAAAACAACGAAUUCCAGGACGUGUGGAACUGGAAGCAUGUCAUGGGUACACCGACCGAAUGCACGACCGCCAACGAGGGGUCAUGCUCCCGCUUCCUCUAUGACACCUUUCAAAACAAGGAUAGCACCGACAUGGCAAAUUGGAAGAGGAUCAUGGGAACAGGCCGGAACCCUUGCAACUAAACAAGUUCGCCUUUCCAAGUGUUCCACUAAAUUGAACUUAUUCGAUCUUAUCGAAUUCGCCGGAUACUUUCGCUUUACCUCAUAAUUGAGCGCCUAGUAAUAGGUUUGUGGAGACAGAGCGAGGAAUAUGGGACAACGCUUGUUGAAAACUCUGUACAAUGGAUCGCGUUGGCCUGAGCCGGCCUGUAAUUACAAGGGAAAGGAAAUAAUAAUGCUUCUAUUUGUCCAAAUUUGCAAAGAUC